AUGGCAGGACCCUCUGAGAAAAGAGGGCGAGGGCGACCUCUUGGAAGCACAAAGAAAGUUACUGUCCUCUCCAAAAUAAAUUCACUGCUGAAAAGACCACAAGAUGUCCCCGUAAAAAGAGCGCGGGGAAGACCGCGCUUAAUGCGAAUAGAAGCUGUGGACAUCCCAAAGGCUAAAGUGUCCGACUGUCCAAGGAACAGAAUAGCAGAACAUCUGGAAGACUCCAGGAAAGCAUCCAUAAGGGCCAAAAGGAAAGACGGCCUCCUGAGGCUACAUAAUUCAGCGGCUAAAAAUGCGGGACCUCAUCCACUGUUAAAAAGAGAAAAGGCUGUGAACAUACCGAAUGCAUCAGUCAGAGUUCAGGGUCCAACCCAUAACACCAAUAUAAUAAAGUACAUAGAUGAACAAGGAAGGAGCCUGACUAAAAACAUACUGGUUGACAAGAAACUCCAGGCUUCCUUGAAAGCUCUCGUUGGCACAAAAAGAAGAAGAGGGAGACCCAGAAAAGACUCUGCAAGUAACGUGCUAGCAGGCAGACUAACAACAAUGAAAAGGAAGCCUGCAGGGGUAGCUUCAGUGACCGUAGUGGUGGAGAAACGAGGACGAGGAAGACCAAGGAAAGUACAGCCAGAGAAAGGCAUACGAGACCAGGUCUCCCUCUUCAGCCAUGACCUCUGGAAUGGCUCUCUGCAGUAUGGACAAUACCAGGAGAUGGACCAGUUUCAGUCACCCUCUGGUUUCUUCAACUCCUAUAGGCCAAGGAACCCAGCAGAGAUGUCGGCUGGCUUUGCAGACACGGAGCAUUUACAGCUAAACCAGCAAGGGAGGUCUCCCAGCCUGGAUGUGCACGGCUGCUGGGUGAACGGAGAAUUAAGAACAAGGAAGAAGACAUGUGUUGGGACCGAAGCCAUUGGCUCCGAUGGUCACGGACGGUGUAAGAUGCAGAUAAUGCAAUGGACGACAACUCUAUGUCGCAGUGGGUAGUGGAGGAUUCAACGGUUUCUCAAGUUUCUCAGUCUCAGUACCUUGGAGAAUUGGCUCCAGAGCAACUGGACUAUCAGGAAGGACUCAUAAAAGAACUGGCAGACUUCAAAAGCCAACUGUUGAAUGAGCUGGCAGCCACAAGGGCAGAGAUACGGGAAGGAGCCCAGCUAAUGAGGUCAGCCAUCUCUGGAGUGUCUGCUGAAAUCCAUCGACUAGGCCAAAUCCUGCAGCCUCUGGUCAGUGCGAUCGCUGCCAGCAAUGUGUCGCAGCAGGGCCAUCCUGUAGCCUUUGUGCCCCGCCCACCUCAAGACACGCCUCCAGAUGACAGCGUGAAUUUUACGCAGCCGUCUGUGCAGAACAAAACCUCUCUCUCCCAUCAGGACACAGUAUUUGCUCAUCCUCCUAAAUUGCCUACCGAUGGCCAGACUGAAGAGGUUUCUUCAGUGAAAAUGGAAGACGCCAUAGAUGGUCUUCAGCCUUGUAACCAUCAAGCACAAUCCGCACACUCUACGCAGGUGGAUUCACCUACAGCUCCUAUUGUGCUCGGUGAAAAUCAGCUCAACCUGUGCCAAAGUAAAUCUACAUCUUCAGUGACACCAAAUUCAUCCACAAACAUUCCUCAACCAAACGUGAACACCCUUGGUGGCCUGCAAGGCGAUAAAACUCCUGACUCGUCGGUUAGCUCGAUUUUUGAAGCUCCCACCGCUAGAUCUUCGCAGUCUUCUCCCCCAGCUCGUUCUGUAGAUUGUGUAGCCAACUCCUCUGCAAGUUCUUCUUCAGGCAUCAACAAUAGUGGCUUAGCCAAUAAACCCUUGUUCCCUACAGACCCAAAGUAUUAGUAAAUGA